UCCUCUCGCCGCCUGGAAGGGUUUGCGGAUGCGCGAUCUGCCCCCGUUCCCAGGCUCAGGUGGGGAGCCCCGGUGUCGGUUCGCUUUGGACGGGCAAAGUGCACUCACACUCGGGCCCGUAAAUGGGAAGCCAAAAUGAAGUUCAAUCCCUUUGUGACUUCGGACCGAAGCAAGAACCGCAAACGGCAUUUCAAUGCACCUUCUCACAUUCGGAGGAAGAUCAUGUCUUCCCCCCUUUCCAAAGAGCUGAGGCAGAAGUACAAUGUUCGGUCUAUGCCCAUUCGAAAGGAUGAUGAAGUUCAGGUUGUCCGAGGACACUACAAAGGCCAGCAGAUUGGCAAAGUGGUUCAAGUGUACAGGAAGAAAUACGUCAUCUACAUUGAACGAGUGCAGCGAGAAAAGGCUAACGGCACAACCGUCCAUGUGGGCAUCCACCCCAGCAAAGUGGUUAUCACCAGGCUAAAGCUGGACAAAGACCGCAAAAAGAUCCUGGAAAGGAAAGCCAAGUCUCGACAAGUCGGAAAGGAGAAGGGCAAAUACAAGGAGGAAACGAUUGAGAAGAUGCAGGAGUAGGGAUGUGUCCUACACAGCUUUCAUUAAAGACUGCUUAAAUAGUC